AUGUUCCAGCCGGGAGAGACCCAAGUCGGUAAUCGAGUCCUACACGACCUCAAACCUCUAUUCAAUGUGCCACCGCUCCACAACAGUAUUCCACCACAGCUGGCGCACCGGUUUGAUCCUGUAUUCGUUGAUUAUUACAACAAGUACAAUGCAGGACGAUUGUAUUUCGAUGACGUUCCCAUUCAUGAAUACCGCCAGAAUCCGCUCAAAUAUACCAUCGCAUACGGCCGAGCUCAGGGGCCAGAUAUCUAUCGCAUAACAGAACAGAAAUGUCCUGUGAAAGGAGGAGAAAUCACGGUGCGAAUUUUUGAACCAGCUCCAAUAUUCGAAAAUGGAAAUGAUAGGAAACCAAUGAAAAGAGCUGCCUACAUCAACUUCCACGGGGGAUGCUGGUUAUUGGGGGGUCUAGCGUCUGACCAUGACUUUUGCAAGUUCCUUGUGGAUCAACUCUCUGGGCAUAUGGUUGUAUUUGACGUUGAUUAUCGACUAGCACCGGAAUAUCCCUUCCCAAUUCCCAUAGAGGAUAGCUGGGCAGCGUUCUGCUGGGUUCGGAUUGAAAAGCCGCACUUCCCACCUAAGAGAGUACGUACCCAGAAGAUUGAAGAGUUCAAUAUAGAUCCGGAUCGCUUUGUUGUUGGUGGUGUAUCCGCUGGUGGCCAUUUGGCUAGUGUCGUCUCCCACAUGUGCCGUGAUGCCGCCAUCCCACUACAGCUACAGGUGUUGUGUGUGCCCAUCUGCGAUCUACACAAUACCUUUACGGAGGAUGGCGAAUUCGACCGUGAAAAUUGUCCCUACGCAUCAUAUAAGGAGAUGGAAUUUUCAGCGGGCAUGACGGCAGCACGCAUGUCAUACUGCCAUAAAUACUUUCUCGGCCAGCAUCGACCAUCUCUAUCAGAUGAGGCAUGGAAGGCCUCACCCAUUCUGGCCCCCAAUUUCAGGGACUUGGCCGCAGCAUUGAUUUUCACUGCCGAAAUGGAUCCCCUGCGUGAUGAAGGCGAGGCAUAUGCAGCGAAGAUGAGAGCUGCCGGUUCUGAGGUGGAGCUUGUUCGUAUGACAGCUGCGCCGCAUUCGUUUGCCAUGCUGGACGGGAUUCUGGAGUCCGGUAAGAUGUAUAAUCGCAAGGUUGUGCAAACGCUACGAGAAAAGCUUUCUCAAUAG